AUGAUUCUACAUGAUCGUGAUUUCGAGAAAUUUCAUAUAGAAAAAGAAACAGAUAUUGAAGAUGUUAAAAAGGGUGAUACUCUUCCAAAUACAAAGAAUGAAGUAAAUGAGAAAAGAAACUACUAUGGAGAAAAAUAUUGGAAAGGAACUAAAUUUGCACGACCGACCUAUUAUAAAGAUGAGUUAGAAAAAUUGAAAGCACAUAGAAUUCCAGUACAUGCUUUUUUUAUUGAACAACGAGCUGAAGCAGUUUUUAAACAGAUUGUCAAUGAAACAGGUGGACGUUGUGAAAUGUUAGACAUAAAUUCUUCAUCAAGUUCACAAAUGUUAACAGAUCUAGUAACUGAAGAAAUUCUUAGAAAUGUCAGAAGAUCUACAAAAGGAAAUGCUCUUGUUGAAGCUUACUGA